UCGUUUGUUUGAUGCCAUACUCGUGUUUUUAAAAAAAGAAGAUAUUUGAGCGCUUUAAUGGGCCUCGAUCUAUAUAAAGCUAUCCUCACAAUAACUCUCUUCAUAAUAAUAUUUACACACACCACUGUCACGUAUGGUUCAGUGGGUUUUAUUUGCAUGUGGUUAUUGAACAACGGACGAUACCAUGGUUAACAUAAUGUAUUGUAUAUUAGGUAUAGCCUUCAUCUUGGCAAUACCGGGUGCGUUUGUUACGUACAUUGCCAGACUAAAGCUGCAGCAAGCGGAGUGUAAAUAGGCUGAGAUAUAUCAGUACCCAUUGCGAUAUUUUGUUACCUCGAUCGCCGCGCACUGAGGACAACAUUACUAUAUCUACAUGACGUGUUUCGCUUAGAUUCACAGUGGUUGUAUACAUGCUGCAAAGCUCACGCAGUUCCUGCUACAUUAUCAUUUGAAACAAAUGUUGCAAAAACAUGAUGGAGAUGGAUCGCCCCUACGCAAUCACACUCUCCCUGUGAAUUCAAGUUUGUUCUGAAAGACAGUCGUGAUUAAAGAUGUCUCCAUCCAUCGUCGGCGAUCCGGCCUUGAAGUCGACAACGAGUCGACCAUCUCUUCGACAUCGGGUGAGGAGACGAUGGGGACGUGUGGUGGUCGUAGCGACGUUCGCCCUCUACUUCGUACUAUAUGGGAUCCUCUUCAGCUACAGUUUGCUCUUUGUCGCAUUUCAGGAGGAGUUUAAGAGCAGUGCGACGUUGACAGGUUGGGUCGGUAGUAUCCCGCUCAGUAUCUCGCUCAUGCUCGCCCCAUUCAUCAAGCUGGCUUCGGAAAGAUUCGGCUAUCGCUCGGUAUCCAUCUUCGGCAUCGUAUUGGCUUCGGUCGGAGUCUUUGUGACGUCAUUCUUACCGAGUCUUUUACCCAUGUUUGGUACGUACGGGUUGAUGGCCGGGGUGGGCACCGGGAUCGUCACCGUGUGUGCCUUUGAUCUGAUCGUCCUCUAUUUUCCCGAGAAGAAUACAAUGCGGGCAGUCGCCAUCGCUGUUACUGGAUCGACAGCAGGUAUGCUGGCUUUGACACAAGUCAUGGCUCUCCUCAUUACGAAUUACGGCUGGAGGAUCACACUACGAAUCAUGGGAGCUCUUCUUCUCGCCGUCGGUCUUCCAUGUGUCCUCACCUACACCCUUCCAUCAGAUCACUAUGGGAACAGAAAAACGAAGAACAGAUACUGCAAAGUUAUAACAAAACAGGACGAUUAUGCCAUCGACAGAAUCGCUGAAGCUAUGCCGGACGAUCUAGACAAAUGUCCUUUAAUUGGUUUACGACCCAGCCCAUCCAAGAUGGAUAGAGAAUGCAAUAGUAAACUAAUUCCCGGUAGUCUGCCAGCUUAUAUACUUGUAGAUGGACUGGGGGAGAAUAGGGAGAGUUUGCUGUUAGAUGAAGAGCAGCGCGCAGACGACACAACGGUGAUGGAAAAGUCAGUUAACGAUCGUAGUCUGAUAUCGGAUGCUUGUUCCGAAGAUAAGCAGGUAGUAGAGAAGGCGGAGAAUGCGAAACUUGACGAUAAGAGAUACUAUCAUCAACUGACGACGAACUGUGACGUGUCGUAUCAAACCCCAUGCGAUGAAAGCAGCAACGGUGAUGCCACGGUCGAUGUUCUUGAUUCUGAAGAAAAAGUUUUCACAAUGGAUCAGUCGAGGGGCACCCAACAGGCUUGGCAGAGCGAUGACUGUUCCCCAGCAAACGCGGCCAGACGUUACCCUAUCAACAACGACAAAGAGCUGGCUAAUGAGGCCCUUGAUAUCUUAACAUCGGAGAAGCCUCUAGAGGAUCUUCAAGACCCUGGGAUGCUUCUGAAAAUAGGUAGGGCCCUGACCUUCCCAGAGCUCUGGAUGAUUUCUUUGGCAACCAUCCUUAAUGGAAUCGGUGACUGCUUCUACUAUGUAAACGCGAUCAAUUACCUAGUGUCUGUUGGUUUCAUGGAGCAGACAGGCGUUCAGUUCGUGUCUUUCACCGCCUUGGUCAUUCUUGUUGGUAAAGUGGCUCUAAUUUUCAUCGGGGAACAUCUUCCCUUCCCGAGAAUCUUCAUCCAAGUCAUUUCCAACGUCAUCGGUAUCAUCGUCUGGAUCUUACUUAUGAUCGUGAGGAGUGUUAUACCAGUUUAUUGCACAGCCAUUGGCGCUGGCAUCUCAGUGGCAAUAACCAACGUUGUCACGUUCAGCCUUGCUCCUGAUUUCUUUGGCCAAGAGAGGACGACGGAGACUUCAGCGGUGAUCUUCUUCUGCUAUGGUACUGGGUAUCUUCUCGGCUCUCUCGUGGGUCAAAGCAUAGACAACACAGGGUCCUACAUAGGCGCCCUCUGGGCUUUCAUUGGUAUGUACAUCACAUCCGGGAUACUGCUCCUAAUGGCGCCCCUUUAUCAACGCAUCUUCGCGCCCGAACGGUUCGUGACGUUUGACAUACAUCGGAGGAAACGGGAGGCGAGGAGUGAAUGGAGUCGGCUUAGGAAAAAGGACAGACAUCGCUGCACGGUUUCAAAGGAAGAGAUCAUCGUGUGUGAACUAGUGUCAAGUGUGUGACCAUGUAUGGACCUACUCCAAGGUGUGACCAUGAUGAAUGUUUGUAGGAUAUCAGUAUAUUCUCCGUCGACUACUGUUGUUCCGAUGUACUUUCCUACACUAACCAAAUGCCUAACUACAAUCCUAAAUUGAUUGAACCCUUAACCUAACCUAACCUAUAAGACAAUAAUUGUAGCUUUUGACGAAAUGAAGCCCGUGCAAAACUAUUUUCGCCAGAAUAAAUGUCGGAUCGCCGUUCAACUGGAUUUGGCUAAUCAUAAAAGGGACCUAUGAGACUUCCUUGAGGGACACCACAUACCUUCGGGCAGAGCGAUUAUACUGCCUCCCGCCGCGUGAUUAUGCUGGAAGGUAUGAUUGGUUGGUUGAGUACACCGAGAGAUGUGUAUCCGGGUAGCUGAUGUUUUUUAAUGGAAUAUUGGUAAUAUCGAGAUAACCAUGCUUCUGGGGACCGACAGUUUUAUGGUACCGCUUGCAAUAUAUUCAACUGCAAAUAAAGGGAAUGAUUUGUUGAAGUUUUGAUGAAAUAAGA